CUCCACCGAAUUCCUGAAUUUACUCAUCCAAUUUUCCCCAUCAUCCUCUAGAAUCUUCAUCAAUGGCUCCCAAGGCAGAGAAGAAGCCAGCGGAGAAGAAGCCGGUGGCGGAGAAGGCCCCUGCCUCGGCAGAGAAGAGGCCAAAGGCCGAGAAGAAGAUCUCAAAGGAUGGCGGCGACAAGAAGAAGAAGAAGAUCAAGAAGAGCAGCGAGACGUACAAGAUUUACAUCUUCAAGGUCCUGAAGCAGGUUCACCCCGAUAUCGGGAUCUCCAGCAAGGCCAUGGGUAUCAUGAACAGUUUCAUCAACGACAUUUUCGAGAAAUUGGCGCAGGAAGCCUCCCGAUUGGCUAGGUACAACAAGAAACCGACGAUCACCUCCAGGGAGAUUCAGACGGCCGUCAGAUUGGUGUUGCCUGGUGAGUUAGCGAAGCACGCCGUCUCGGAAGGCACUAAGGCUGUUACAAAGUUCACCAGUUCUUAGAUUUGUUGGUUCUGUUGAGAUCUGGAUCCUGUUUGGCAAUUAUUUUUUUAAAGAUAAACAGGUAAAUAGAAUGGUUUCUUUUCCCAAUCGAGGCGUUUUGAUCUGGAAUCGACAUCAUUAUGUUUCUGGAUAUUGAUUGAGGCGUUUUGCCAAUCGGCGAUCAUUUUGUUUCUGGAAUGGUCAGAUUAUGUUUGAGAGAUGAAUGUUGUCUUUGAUCGUGAUUGUUUGGCUUUACAUCCAGUAAUUAAGAUGAUUUGACUGGGUUGAAAUAUUGCUUUUCUCUUGAAUAAAUUUGCGUUGUUUUGUUGAAAUUAGUAUUGAUUUCAGAUUUCUUAUUUUCCGUGUGCUUCUUCUUAGUCUUCACCAAUAAAUACUGGCCAGUAUAAAUUGAAUGACAUUAU